GUCGACCUUUCGCUUGGCCACCAGAUGCAUUUUCAGCGAAGAUUCCUGACUACUGCCCACAAACAUCACAUACUGCUCAUGUCUGGUCACUGCGACAAAUCGAGACCGAAAUAACUUUGGUCUUCUAUUAUCCUUCGUUGAUUCGGAACGACGAACUAUCAAAUAUCACCGAUGACGAGUGGUCUACCCGCUGUCAUGAUCGAUUGAGCGAGUGGUAUCGGAUCACUCAUCAAAGUGUCAACCUUUCCGAGAAAAUUGAGUUCAUGAAUUAUUCCUCCAGCUUCAACUUUUGAGACUCAACCGAUCUUCCCCACGCUUCCCGAAUCCGACCAUGGAGAUGCGUAAGAAGGCUCUCAAAGCAUCUAUAGCCCUGAUCAAGGAACUCAGCGUCAUAGAUCGACUCGGCAAGCUUUUCUAUCUAUGGCAUGCAACCUAUUGUCUUGUCGAAGCUGGUAUAUGCUUACUCGUAUCAAUGGUGACCGCAAUGGAAUCUUCUCGUCAAGAACAAACUCAUCUAGAAGGAGAAGAUAUCUCAAUCUUGACGAGGUAUUUAAAGACACUGCCACUUCUUUUGGAGAAGAUAUUACGCCGUUGGGUAAAUAUCACACAGCACGCCUCUGCUAUGGGCGCUCUUUCGCUUUCAGUUUCAGAGAAAUUACAUCAAUGGGCUAGUGGACACAUUAUCGAGAGUUCAGGACUUGAUGCAUUGAAAGAGACCUUUAGCCAGUCUUCACGAUUUUCCCCAUUCUCGCUCAACCUACCGCCUGCAGAAGAAGGUCGUAUUGAAACCGUAGGACACGAGCUCCUUCCAGCACCUGGAUAUAUUCCAACAGGCUUUUCUGAGAUUGGUGUAUUGCCAAUGGGUGCCCAAUCAUUUUCCCCCGGCUCGCUCGUUCUUGACUCCGAGCUGGACAACAGCUUCUCCAUGCUACCAGAUAUUUAUGGAUUUGAUAAUGGAGACUCGCUGAUGUGGAAUUUUGCGGGGAUGGAUUACGAGGAAGUUUUCGCUGGUUUGCUUGAAGGAGAGCAAGGGUCGAGUUUUUAAUCAGUAUUUAUUAUUUUCCAGAAAUGUAUAUCCGAUCACGUGAUAGUUCUAGGUGGAGCCUGCCGUUAUCGAAUUCUUUUGC